AUGCUUGAGGAAUCAUCGCAUCGUCGUCGUCUUUUGUUCGGCAUACCGAAUAUUCCCACAUACGCUACGACAAGCGGCCUACCUGCGCAGCUACCGAGUUUACUACAGACAAAUAAUAAUUCAUAUGAGUCUUUAUCGGACUCUGAUCUUUCGACGGCAGAGAAAACUCUCACAGUCUUUGAUCUCGCGGCGGACAAAGCUCUCACAACACCGCCAAACUUUUUUUCUCAUCGUGCAAAGCGACCGAGAGAGGACUGCUGCUCUGGACUGGACUCUUUUAAGGACGAAAUGAUAAACACCAUAUCAGCACUGUUCUCAGCUCAAACAUCAGAACUAAAGACUAUUGCUAAGGAGCUUAAAGAUAUUAAGCAAACAAACCUUAAUAUAGAGAAUUCAGUGGAAUUUCUUUCUCAGCAAAAUGAAGAGCUCCAUAGAAAAAUCAACCAAAUGGAACUACAGUCAACUAAAGACAGAGAGUACAUCCAUAUUCUGGAAGAUAGGCUCGAAGACCUACAGCGCAAUAAUCGCAAAACCUGCUUAGAAAUUAAAAAUGUGCCGAAGAAGCCGCAAGAGAAUAAGAAUGACUUAGUUGACAUGGUAGUAAAUCUAUCUAAGAAUAUUGAUUGCGAAAUUCAGAAAUCUGAAAUCAGAGACGUCUUUCGUGUGCAGGGUAAACGAGACGGACCUAAGAAUACCCCAAUAAUUGUGGAGACCAGCUCUACUAUGAUUAAGACUGGCAUACUUAAAGCAUGUAAAUCCUAUAACAUCAAGAAUAAGGAGAAGUUGCGUGCCAAGGUUCUGAACAUCACCUCCGAGGAAGAGACACCGAUUUUUGUUUCAGAACAACUAACUGCAAAGGGUGCUCGUCUCUAUUUUUUGGCUAGGGAACUGCAUAAAACCAAACAAUAUAAAUUCUGCUGGACAUCUUUUGGCAAGGUCUACGUGAGAAGAGAUGAAAACUCUCCGGUAAUACUUAUAAAUCAUGAGUCACAAAUAACACAAUUGAUGCAAAAAAUAUGA